AUGCAACGCAAGCUGGAGCCUUUGCCUGGUCUUAGCAAUGUCACAGGAAAAUAUACAAAAAAAUGCACAGACGAACCAUACCCACGUUUGUUCGUGCACAAUAUGAAUGAAAUUAAGCAUGAAAACUCAGGUCAACUUAAUAAAGCGAAGGAGGAAACUUCUGGGAAUCAUAGUGCGGACUCAGUUUCUCCAUCAUGUUAUUAUUCUACUGCUCAACCAGCGUUGGACGACUCUGUCAAUCCUGAAAAUUUACCAGUGACCCACAAAGUUCAUUAUUCUAACAAACCUCCGUACACUAAUUUAUCUGCAUCAAAGUCUACAUCAGCUCAUUCAUCUAUCUUCCAGAACGCACCAAACAUACCAAUAGGAAAUAAAUUAAAGCCCCAAAAAUCAAGUAUACCGGUAAAACCACAGGAAAUACCACGUACAAAGAGAUAUAUGAAAGAGGUUGUCAAGUCCUCAUCAUCCGGAAGUGUGUCUGCACUGCAAUCCAAGCCCACGGGUAUUAUAAUUGCUACACCAUGUUCUCCACUUGUGAGUGAACAAGGUCUUACUCGGUCAUUUGAUAGCUUUUCUGUGAGUGGCAGGGCUGCUUCGUCUAACUCACUUUCCGAAAGUGAUGAGUUGUUUCAUUCAGGUUGUGUAGUAACACCUUUCGCAGUGAGGAAAGAACAUAGUCAGAGGUGGGCUCCUAGUCCUAGCAGCAUGUCAAGUUAUCCUUGUGGGCCAGAAAAUUCGAGCACUUCGGCAAAAGAUCAAGCUUGCAAUCGAACACUAAGUGCCCAACCAUCCUAUUUACCAAAAAUAACGAAAGAAUCUUCUGUGAUGAUUGAUUCACAGCACUUCUGGAAGAGGUUCUCUGACGGUCAAGGUGAUAAACAGUUUUACAACUCACCAAGUCAGAAAGGUUCCAUAGACAAUGUCUUGAAUCCUACACCUGUUUAUAUUUCAAAUGAACAUUCCAGUAAUGACUCAUAUCCUCCUGCAGAUCAACGCGCUUGGCACGCUGGAUAUCAGGAAAUGCGAAAUAACAAUCAAGCAAACAGGCAAAUCAAAACUCAACUUUAUGGUCUACAACCAAGGCAUGCCUCAUGGGGUGUUGGUUUGUCUAACACAACGGGGCUGCGAGCUUCAGGAAUGCCUGGUCCACAGUGCACACAAAAUGCUCUGGAGCAUUACUUAUCAGAUUUGAUAGCUGAUGAACAACGUCUUAUGGUAGGCAGUCCAUACAAUGGUUCUGUGCCUAGUUACUCUGAAAUACCAUCGAAUUGUGGGAGCAAUUCAUCUGUAUCCACAUCUGGUGAAACUGUCAGGAAGACGUGUUCCACAGACCUGCUGCAUUUUUUGGAGCAACGUAUCGAAAAUGCUUUGCGGAGUAUGCCGUCCUUGGAUUCUAAACGGUAUGAUUAUUAUGGUGUACAAGUCCGAGCACGCCCAAAUAGGAGCGCUUCUCUGAAUCCUGUCAAUGAACCCUGCACAAAUAAUGUCGAGUCUUCUUCACUUCACAGUAACUUCUAUCAAAAUCAGACAAUGUUUGAUAAUGAUGUACAAAGUUCGGUGUACGAAAACAUUGGUACUGCUCAAAAUGCUCAGUAUAGUGGCUCUUAUCCCAGUAAUAUGCUGCAACAGUUUAAUGUUGAUGAGCUACAGUAUCUUCUUAAAGCUGUCAAGGAUUUACUAGCAUUGCGUAUAGUUUCGUCCACAGCUGCAAACAGUUCACAAGGAUCAGAUGCAUCAAAGUUUGGCGAACUAGAUAAACAAAAAAGGUUUGCUAAAACUGAACGACCUGAUACAUGUACAAUUCCUGGUAAAGAUGAUCAGAGCACUCAUGGAAGAACAGGUGCAGAAUCUCCUUAUAUUACAAGGUCAGUAUCAAGCAGUCGCAGUAAUAGUGCUGUGAGAAAUAAUCGCUUUGAAACAUCAUCAGAAUCUCGCAGCAGUCGCAUUAGCUCUGGUGCAUCUGAGGAUGGAAGUCAUUCAAACGCUGAUUUAAUGCACCAACGUUUGCCAAUAGGUUUCCAACAUUUUGAACGAUAUUUGGAUAGCAAAUUCGGUCCUGAUCAUCCAACUAACGGCACGGGUACAAACAAUUCAGAAAUGCAAACAAAGCCAGAGUUGGUUGCAAAAUCGAAACAGUCUAGUGCCGGGCAUUCAUCCUCAGUCUUAUCAGGGAAUUUUUCUGAGCAUGGCUCACAGGUGCUUACAAGACAGAGAACAUCAAGCUCUAUUCCACAACAUUUGGGAGCUAAUGAUAUGAGUUCUUCUAAUGUUAAUAAAGUUGACGAUAUUCUGGAUCACUUCUCUGUCACAAAUCUGUCACAAUAUCCAGUUUAUGUAAAUGAAGAUCCCAAUCAAUCGUACAUAAAUUCCCAAUCGGAACAAACUGAUUGGAACACGGCAGAACGAUCUACGGCAGCUGGAGUACCUUACGUUUCUGCAUCUAGCCAAUCUGAUCUGAUGUCAUCAUCGAGGACAGCGAACUGGCAUAAUAACACUUGUUUGACCGUUCCACCUAUCAGCUACGCACCAUCUUCAGCAGGGUGUGUGGAUAGAAAUAUCAGUCAUACGAAUUAUUAUACAGACUCCAAUAGUAGUCAUGUGCCUGAUCCUCAACAAGGACAAGCAACCCCUUGGCCUCCAAACUGGUAUCAGUGGUAUACUUCUUCCCACAUGUUUCCUCAGCGUUAUCCAUCUUAUUCUCAAUUUCCAUAUUAUCAUUAUUUCUAUCCUCAUUUAAAACAGACACAACAACAGCAAACACUUCAGCAACAAUUAUGUCUUGACUAUACAGCUUGUGCACACAGAAUGAAUCGUUUAAUUAGUCCUUUAUCUUAUGCGAUGAACUCUCCUCCAAAUUAUUCUCCAGCAGCACAUUUAUGCUAUAUGGACGCUAGUCACGCUCAUGUACUUGAAGGGCACUGUGCGUCCCCUUUAUCUGAUAGUUGUCACUUUGUUUCUUACGAUUCACAACCUCCAGAAAAUCCUUUACCAGAAGCAUCAUCAACUGGUGGACGAUGCUCAUGUACGAAUCCAGACGGGUUGAAAAGAUUUGUUGAUAGAAUUCCGGGAAAUUCUUAUGUGUUCUGCCGACCAUCUGGUGUAUAUUCACCUCCACCUGCCUAUCCUUGGUUCCCUUAUAUGAAUAAUGUUCGCUGGGAUCCGUUUUCCUGCUAUAACAACAAUAAUCCAGACAACCAUAAUUGGCAUGUCUAUUUUCAACGUCCGGGUUAUAACCGAUUCACAAGUUGUAUGCCUCGUUCAGGUAGUGCAAAUGCUGGAUUUACAUAUACUUCUGAGACAGACAAUCCACCAAGCCAUGUUUCAGAACGUGGAAUCCCCUCAGAAUUCGAUAGACUUCGACAAAAUAACAAUCGUUGGGAUAAUUAUCAUUAUGCUGGUGUAUCAAGUAAUCAGAUAUCAGUGAUGUCGGACCAAGUAGGUGAUGGUCAGAAUUUCAUAAACAACAGUAACACAAAUGUUCUACAAUCACCAGCUAUACGUUCAAUGACAAACUCAUUUAGCGCUAAUGACUUAGCUGCUUAUCAUAACCAAAAUCGAAUAGGAAUACGGUAUACAAAAUCAAGUUUUGAUUUAGCUCCAGAGUUACCUGUUGAACCAGGACUAGCUUUACUGGAUCAUUCAAAUUUCUAUUCAAAAAUUUCAUCAUUAAUUGAAAUGGAUAAUAAUGUCCGCUUAAUAUUACCAAAUGGAUGGUCUGAAAGACGAUCUGGUCUUGGUCGAUCGUACUAUACAUGCGACUCAACUAGACGGUCCACAUGGAAUCAUCCACUUAUUGGCCCCUACAUCCCUUUAGGAUGGGAACGCGUUGAUUCAAGUCAGACGGGUGUUUACUAUCAAAAUUUGCUUAUUCCUCACUGUCAACGUCAUCAUCCAAACCUAUGGAUUAGUGCUCCCAUGAAAGAUCCUGAAACAGAACGGAAAAGUUUCUUCACAGAUCUUCGUAAACUGCAGCUAUCCCUACGGCAUAGUUUACAUGCCUAUCAUGCUGAAGUGGGAGAAUAUAAAAAUGCAAACGAAGAACAAGAGCAAUACUACAUAAAUCGCUUCAGAUACCUGAAAUUGGAGUCGCUGAUGGAAAUCCUUUAUGGUUUAGAUCAAUUAUUCUAUCAAGAUCUACAUGCGUUGAUUGUAUCAUUUGAACAACAAAGACUGUCAAUAGUCUGUCACAUGUUUGCAAUACGACCACCACAGAAAACCUUCCCUCAGUUUACUGAUCCUUGA